AUGAGCGACCCGUCUCCCAAGAAGAAGAAUGGCGGUACCUCUUCUGCUCCGAGACAAAUCCGCUUUGUCGCAACCGACGGCCAGCCGCAGACGAAGCGACGCCGCGUCAAUGCCGCUUGCCUGACAUGCCGCCGGCGCAAGAUCAGAUGUUCGGGCGAACAGCCAGUGUGCAAAACGUGCUCGGACUAUAAGCACGUCUGCUUGGGAUACACCGAAGCGACCGCUCACGUACGAACGCAGUCCGAUUCCUCAUCGCGGGCGCCGCCGCGUCUUUCCGCCCCGAAUGGAUCGUCCCAACAUACCUCCCGGGUAAUCGAAAGUAGCUCACCUGAGCCAGCGGCAACGACCAUACCGACGCCGGUUGCAAACAGAUCUCCCAAAGAUAGUGGACCGCAGUUUCAAGAUGUAUCGGCUUUAUUGGAUAUAUCUUCACGGAACAGGGAAUUGGAGUCCCGAGCUGCUGUGGACAGCCCGGAGAGCAGUCGUGCCUCCGUGAGCUCCAGUAGUCGCACGCAUGUGCCGUACUUUCGAUAUUUCGGUCCCACCGCAAUUGUUCCAGGUUUCAAGCAAAUGGUGGUGCAGGUCCGGGGUUCUCGCAAGAGUAAUCCUUCCAUGUCUUCGGACUCUGGGUCUCCUCUGCGAAGCCCCAAACUGGCCGACAAAACCUCCGACAAUCCCAGCAGAGCUCCGGCUACAUCGGAGACGAGGGAAAGUCGCGAUGUGAACAUACCGUUCUACGAUCCAGAUGAUACGGCACCUGUUUCGAACCUGGUCUUACAUCUUUGUGACCUCUUUUUCGCCCACCUUGGGUGCAACUUCCCAUUCCUACAGCGAGAUAGAUUCUUCUCGGAUCUGAAGGAUAAAAGGGUUGACACAAUGCUAGUGGAUGCGGUGUGUUCACUAUCUGCGAGAUUCUCAACGCAUCCAUUGCUUCAACCUCCCCAGGCGCAACCGAUUGAGCGUCCGUCCUCGCCCGAUGACCACACGAGAUCAAAUCGUGGAUUGCCAUUUGGACACCGUGCAAUGAGUGCUCUCGUCGACUCACUGCCAUGCCCAACUCUGUCUGCUGUUCAGGCUUGCUUACUACUCGCGUAUGAACAGUUUGGAUCGAAUCGCGAUAGUGGUCUUUGGAUGUACCUUGGCAUUUCAAUUCGCAUGGCGCAAGAUCUUGGAUUACAGAAGUUCCAAGGUCUGAAGCAUAACUACGGCCAGAGUGGUGUGACGCCUAGCGACGUGAUGACCGGCGAAGCCGGGAAGCUCAGAGAGGACCAGUACGAUGAUUUAGAUGUGCAUCAUACCCCCAAGACAACGCCCAAGCCUCUUACAGGGGAGCGUGCUCGGGAGCGUGAGCGGGUAGACUCUUUUUGGAGUAUUUUCUUCUUGGAUCGGGUCAUCUCUUCUGGGACUGGUAGACCAGUGACACUCCGCGACGAAGAUAUCGAGCUUUGUUUUCCACUUCAAUCAGAAUCACAACUCCCGAAUGGGUGGCCGGCUCCAUUUCCUCCGCUUAUUCGGAUCAUCCACCUCUACGGUCGAGUGACUGAUUUGAUCAAUGGUAUCCAAUACGUCAAGCAUGUCACACCAGACACUUUGAAGAUGCUGGCUGGCAUGGAGAGCGAUCUGACUGGCAUCUACCAACGGCUGUCCCCGAGGCUCCAUUUCAAUGCAGCCAAUUUCCAGGCCUAUGUCAAAGCCAAGGAGGGAACAAACUUCAUACUGCUUCAUUUUUGGUUUCAUACUCUGAUUGUUCUUUUGCAUCAACCGACAUUGCUGAACUCGUUCGGGGGGUCCAUUCAACACCUGUAUCCCAACAGCCGUGAGUUGUCAAUGUCUUCUGCCAAAACCAUUGCAGAUAUUCUUUCGUUCUCGGAACUAGUGGACGGAAAGAGCUUCAUCGGUAAUCCCUUUACGAGUCAGCCAAUGUAUAUCGCAGCGUGUGCCUUCCUCAUGGAAAGCGCUUAUUAUACCAUCCCACCGUCAGGUGAUGGCUCGUCCUCCCCCCAGCCAUUAUUGGCAAACCAGUCCAGUGGUUUCGUGCUCCCCAACCUGGACCCAACUAACGGGACGGAACGAAAGUCGACAGCGAAGCACAUUUUGUUGGCUUCUGCAGCCAAGGAGAACUACCAGCGGUGCUAUAAGGCGCUGCAGGCCCUCAAUUCGUACUGGGAAGGCACCGGGUACAUCCUGACGGUGCUCGAUCAAAAGGCCAAGGGGAUCGUCGACCCCCUUCUCUACACUCUCGAGGAAAUGGAGAACACAUCCGGGAUAGCCCCCGGGUUACCUCUGGGCCCUGGGCCCUGGCGUGCAGGCAAAGCACCAGCAAAUGGAUUCAAUUCAGAAAAGCUACAUGGUGCCGCCGACGUACCAUCCAAUGGCAAAUGGUCACCCAAUAUUGACCCAAGUCAAGCCAUUGGAUGGUCCCUCACAGGCGCCACGAACUCUUCCCAGCCUAACCUAAGUUUGCUAUACCAGAUGCCUACAACCGAGACAGAUCAUCCACCCGACCGUCCCACGUACUCAUCGCAGUACAGUCAUACCUAUCCAAUCCUGCCAAAUGCCGACCAGGGCGGUAGCUCAUCAUUUACUCCACUUGGUAGGAGUCAAGAUGACAGGGCAGCUUCGCUUGCAGCAGCGAACUCCAAGUACCCCCCGAUCGCCCCAGCUAUGUCCACCGACCCUUACUACAUGAGCUUGAAUUCCCCCUUUCCAGAUUCCAGGGUCCCAUCAACUCGCCCAAUGCAAUCUGUUCAGACUCCUUUCUCCGGCCUUCGGCAAUCCCAAAUGGAAGCUCAGCCAAAUACGUUCGACUAUUCGAUUCCCCCGACUCCCAAUCCAAACGGGAACACGAUGGGUCCCAAUGCCGAUGUCAAUAUGAAUGCAGAUAGUAAUGGGAUGAUAAUCGGUAGCCACGAAGUCGACAUGAAUACCCUGAAUCAUCAAGAAUCGUUCCCCUUUGCGAAUGGAGAGAUUCUUCCCUGGUUGGAGUAUCUGCCGCAAGAUGUUCUCAGCUUCUUUGGAGAAAACCAAACUUAUCCGCUUAUGAAUCCUGAUGAUGUGUCACGAUCUUGA